AUGGUUUAGAUAACCCUAAAGGGUUCUCAAAUUUUAAUACGGAGUAUAUUAUAAAUAAAUAAAUAAACAUGGCUACCAAUAACAAUAAGAAAACUAUAGGAUUAUCAAUCCUAGUCUUUUUCCUGCUAGUUGUUGCCGCCGCCGUCGUCGUUGUGUUCGUGACACGAAAGGAGGAAACCCCGGCUGACCAUGACGGUGGCUCGCCCUCCGGCACCACCAUGGCUUCGUCCGCCAAGGCCGUGGAGGCGAUCUGCAAGCCGACUCGGCACAGGGAAACGUGCGAGACCAAGCUCUCGGCCGCCACCAACAGCACCGACACCAAAGAUCUCGUGGAAGUCGCGUUCAACGUGACGAUCCAGGAGAUCUCUGAUGUCAUGGCGAAGUCGAAGCUCCUCCGCGACGCCGCGAAAGAUCCCAGGACCUCGAAAGCCUUCGAGGUCUGCCACGGUCUCCUCGAGGACUCCAUCGACGACAUCAGGCGCGCCCUCGACAGGCUCACCGACUACGCGUCUGCAGCUGAAAACCUCGACCUCUUCAUGAACGACAUCAAGAUUUGGCUCAGUGGCGCCCUGACGUUCGAGAACACGUGCCUAGACGGAUUCCUCGGCACAGAAGGGGAAAGCGCUGACAAAAUGAAGCAGCUGUUGGUGACGGCCCAGCAGCUGACGGGGAACACCCUGGAACUGGUCGACGAGAUCCACGACGCGUUGGUCGCGCUCGACAUUCCAGGGCUGAGCCGGAAGCUGCUGGCCGCUAGGAAGGACGGCGGCGACCUGCCGGCGUGGGCGAGCGGGGCCCAGAGGCGGGGCCUGCUUCUCCGGGACGCAAAGGAGGCGGACGUGGUGGUGGCGAAGGACGGGUCGGGGAAAUACAAGACGAUCAACGAGGCGGUGAAGGAGAUCCCUCUGAAGAGCAAUGAGACAUUCGUCAUCUACAUUAAAGCCGGCGUUUAUGCCGAACAUGUUGUUCUCACAAAGAAGAUGACCAAUGUGGUUUUCAUGGGCGAUGGGCCCACAAAGACUAAGAUCACCGGAGAUAGAAGCUUUGUCGGCGGUUACCAGACCAGCGAAACCGGAACAGUUAUAAUCAAGGGUGAUGGCUUCAUUGCAAAGGACAUCGGCAUUGAGAACACCGCCGGCGCCUCCAGCCACCAGGCGGUGGCCCUCCGGGUGCAGGCUGACCGCGCCAUCUUCUACAACUGCCAGAUCGACGGGUACCAAGACACGCUCUACGUCCACGCCCACCGCCAGUUCUACCGCAACUGCACCGUCACCGGUACCAUCGACUUCGUCUUCGGCAACGCGGCGGCCGUCUUCCAGAACUGCAGCCUCGUGAUCCGCCGCCCGCUCGUGACCGACGGCUCGGGCCAGUCCUGCAUGGUGACCGCCCAGGGGCGGGCCCAGCCGGACGAGCCCACCGGGAUCGUGAUCGCCGACUCCACGAUCUCCGCAUCCCCCGAGUACCUCUCGUCCGCGGGCGCGAUCGAGUCGUUCCUCGGGCGCCCGUGGAGGCAGUACUCGAGGACGGUGGUCAUGAACUCGAGGAUUGACGCCCCGAUCAGCCCCGAGGGGUGGGCCCCGUUCCAGGGCUCGUUCGGGCUCGAGGAGUGCUGGUUCGGGGAGUACGGGAACACGGGGAAGGGCGCCGACGUGAGCGGGAGAGCCAAGUGGGCGGGAGUGAAGGGGUUGAUCAGCAAGGAGGUGGCGGGAGAGUUCGUUCCCGGUAUUUCCGAUGAUGCUUUUGUUAUUGUUACUGAUCCUGUUCCUACAGACGAUGUUCAUGAGGAUGCACACCAUCAAGGCCGCGAGGAAGUUUUUGGGGACAUUCUAAUUUUUUAUGGAUGCACAGAAAGCUUUGGAAUUCCUGAUGCUGAGGUUAUUGUUAUCUAUAAAUCAAGAAGUAUUGCACCCGGUUGAAUUCUUUUCAUCGAGUUGGUCGCAUGCAAUUAUUUAACUAGUGUUGGAGAUGUUGUAGGUCCAACACGUUCUUUUGAUGCUCCAAUAAUGAAGGUGUUUGACCCCG